CAAUCGCCGAACCGAUUGAAAGCACAACGUCGCAGCUUUCCCGAGGCGCAAACCACCGCUGCCCCCUGCCAGCCACCAAGAGCUGCCUGCCUCCCUCCCCUCCCGAACGUCACUUUACUGGCCCCCAUCGCACACGUGUCUUUGGCCUCGUGUGCCUCUCUAUCGUCCAAUUUUCUGGCGCCCGUCCGCCGCAAUCCAUUCCCGCAGCCCUCCUUCCCUUCAUCGUUGCUGACCGCUGUGCGAGCGAGCAUUGCGACCGACCGACCGACCGACCCUUUGGCAGCGCCUCCCUGCCUGCCCCCGUCCCCCACCAUUUGCGCGCUCGACUUGCCAACCGACCCGUCUUCCCCCCAUAUCCUCCUACAAUCAUGUCUGGCUACUACGGCGCCCCGAAUAACCAAGCAUACGCCCCCUCGUCGGCGCAGAACCUCCAGUUCUACCCGUCAACAUACUCGCCCGGCGUCGGCGGCGCCUCACAGCAGCAGGGUGGCGGCUACGGGGGAUAUGGCGUGCCUCCACAGGGCGGCGGCGGCGGCGGCGGCGGCGGCGGUGGUGGCUAUGGCGCGUCGUCGGGUUUCAACUCGGGGUUCGGCGCCGCCGCGGGCGUGUCCGGUCGCAUGGGCGAGCAGGGCGGCCUGAGGACGGGCUGGCUAGCCGCCUUCUCGACCGAAGGCUACGAUGAGGAGCCGCCACUGCUCGAGGAGCUCGGCGUCAACUUUGGCCACAUCCGGACAAAGACGCUCGCAGUUCUUAACCCCUUUGCGCGCAUAGACCAGCACCUCAUGGACGACUCGGACCAGGCCGGCCCAAUCCUGUUCUUCCUCCUAUUCGGCUUCUUCCUCCUCUUCUCAGGCAAGCUGCAUUUCGGCUACAUCUACGGGCUCGCCGCCCUCGGCUCCAUCGCCCUGCACCUGAUCCUCUCGCUCAUGUCGCCCAGCGACGGCACCUCCGCGCACGGCGCGGGCCCCGGCGCCGCUCCCUACUCGUCGCCCUCGGGUUUCGCCGACGUCUCGGGCCCCGGCGUUCCGGGAGGCUCCGCACCAGGCGCCGGCGCCGGCAGCAACUUGUCGAGUACCCUGACCAUCGGCCGUUCCGCCUCGGUCCUCGGAUACUGCCUCCUACCCCUGGUCGUGACGUCGGCCGUCGGAGUCAUCGUGCCCAUGGACACCCCGUUCGGCAUCAUCCUGACCUCGUUCGCCAUCUCGUGGUGCACCUACAGCGCCUCGGGCAUCUUCUGCGCCGUCGGCCGCAUGAAGGCCAUGCGCCUCCUUGUCGCCUACCCUCUGGGCCUCUUCUACGUUGGCUUCGGUAUCAUGAGCAUAUUCAGCAGCCGCGGGAGCGGUGGAUCCAUGGCCAAGGUCAUGUCGAACGCAUCUGCGUGAGCGUCUAGAUAGGCGCCACAACAUCCUUAUCCUAGCAGGCGAGGUUGGGGAAGAGCAAGAAAGAGAGAGGGAGAAGAAUUCGAAUGACUGCGCUAUAGUCAAGGCACCUCCAUCUUGUCCCGGGCCCGGAAACAUGCUCAUGUCGGCAGCCAAGACAUUGGUUGGGCAUCCUGCCUUCCUUCCCGAAACAGUCUCGAGUUCUUGUGCCCCCCGUCUGCGCUCGGCAACAUGCAAACUAGCCUGGUGCAUGCCCCGUCCUGGUCUGGCGGGUACUAUACUGGCCCGGGGCGGUGCCCCACGAAGUCCGGUGCCUGGUCUUGCGAAGCCGAGUCAAGCUGAUUCGGACAGGAACCAUUGAAGGAGCGCCCCGCAAAUAUUCUUCUACCCCUGGGGUCUGGCCGCCGCUCACUUCCUCUCCCGGGUCUGGCCUUCUCCCUGCCCAAGGCAACUAGCUCGCACUUUGGUAAACCCAGCGCGGGUCCUGUAUCACGCAUAUUCCGGUGUUUUUGGAGGAUGGACAUGUGGUGGGUGGGUGGUAUCGGAAUCUUGUAUAAAAGCCCUGGGACCGGCGUCUGGCUCAUCGGCUACGUUUUUUUCUUGUACUUGUUUUAAAAUGAAGGUCCGAACGACUACAAGGAGGGACUCGCAAGCGUUUUUCACCUUCCGAGGCUGCACUUUGAAGUCAUGUUCUGUUUCAAGAGUCUAUAGUACUGAGCGGGCGAAAAAAGCCAUGAAAAGAUCAAAUAGUUGCCCAUCCCCAAUUUCUUAGCUAACCCAAAGCCAACCAAAACCAGAAGCAUUUUUGCAUAUAAUACAUGGGCACUGAGGAGAUAAACUGUCAAAUCCCAGUAAAAAAAAGAGGACGGGAGUGAGAGGAAAAGGAAAAAAAA